CUUACUUUGCAUCAUAGCCAACUCAGUCUGCAUCAUCUCACAGAAUUAGCCCUAGAAUUGAACUGAUUCACUGCUACUUCUAAUUUUCUUGGCUUAGCUAAUUAAUUUGGUUCCCAAUCAAGGUCCGUCUUCUACAAUUUCUUCGGUGAAACCUGCAGGAAAUACCCAUUGCAUCCCUCUGGUUAUAGAUAACUAGGCAUGAAAUUUUUAACCUUAUCGGCUGCUACUUUUAAUUUGGUUAUGGGCAUCCAUUUCUUCAAUUCCGUCUGUUAAACUUGCAGAUUCAUUCACUGGCAUUUGCCAAGCAUCUUCCAGGAAAUUUCCAGCUAUAAUUUGUACAAGUUCUCUCCUUUUCUCCUUAGCUGGCUCACUUUUUAUCAUCUCACUGAAUUAGCCUUGCAAUUGAACUGAUUCACUCUUAUUUCAAAUUUUCUUCGCCUGCCUAAUUUGGCUAUCAGUCAGGGUCCAUUUCCAGCAAUUUCUUCAGUGAAACCUAGAGUUUCAUUAAUUUCAUUGGCAUUUGCCAAGCAUCUUCCAGGAAAUUUCAAACUAUAAUUUGGACAAGUUCUCUCCUCUUCUACUAGCCAGCUCACUUUUUAUCAUCUCACUGAAUUAGCCUUGCAAUUGAACUGAUUUGCUGCUACUCCUAAUUCUCUUGGCAUAGCUGAUUUGGUUAUCAGUAUCCAUUUUCAGCAAUUUUUUUGGUGAAACAUACAGAAUUCAGUUGUGUUUGAAUCUUUCCCUGUGUCCAAUCAUAAUGGCUGAAAUCGCCCUCAACAUCCUCAGCCCUGUCAUUGAGGAGGCAAUUUCCAAAACAGUUUCAUUUCUUAAAAAACGAAUCGGAAUUGCAGUGGGUUUGGAAAAGGAGCUUGAUAGGCUUGGUGAUUCUCUUAUUCUCAUUCAAUCUGUCAUCCAACACGCAGAGGAAAGGCAAGAAAGUGAACCAGCUAUAAGGCAUUGGCUACAGAAGCUGAAAGACGUAGCUUAUGAGGCAGUGGAUGCAUUGGGUGAGUUUGAGUACGAGGUUCUUGAGGACAAAGUUAAGAGUCGCAGGCGCUGGAAUCCUGAGUCCGUCAACUUUUCUCCCUUGUUUCGUAAUCGUAUGGCUGACAAAAUCAAUAACAUUACCAAGCAGUUGAAUGACUUGAAAGACUGGGCCAGCAUGAUCAACUUGGUGGUCUUAUUGAGAGGCCAAACUUGUCUGAGGCAACAUCAAAAGACAGAUUCUUUUCUUGAUAAUUCCACGGUAUUCGAAAGGGAAGUUGAUGUCUCAAGAAUUCUUAGCUUGUUGCGUGACUUGAGAAGUCAACAUCCCAUCUCUGGCGUUUCUAUUGUAGGUAUGGCUGGGAUUGGAAAGACGACAAUAGCAAAAUCAAUAUACAUGAAAGCAAAGGAAGAAAAGCUCUAUGAUCUAGCGGCCUGGGUGUGUGUAUCCGAGGACUUCAAUGAUCAAAUCAUUUUGGGAGAGAUGUCAGAGCAUUUUGGUUGUGGUGCUGCCCCAAGGAAUAGUAUUAAUGCAUUGCUUGAAAAUCUUGCAAAAAAAUUAGAGAAUAAAACUUUUCUUCUCAUUCUUGAUGAUGUAUGGAAUGAAGAUCCUGACAAGGGGGAGCAUUUCAGCUCUUGUUUGUUAAAAAUUCUGAAGACUAAUGGGAGCUCUGUUGUCAUAACAACUCGAAGUGGAAAGGUAGCAUCUGCGAUGAAGCCAGUUCCUAUAGAACACUAUGACAUGGAGAGGUUAUCAGAUGAUGUAUGUUGGUUGAUAAUAAAAGAGAAAUCUCUUAGAUCAUCCACAGAAACUUCAAUAACUCCUGAUUUGGAAGCUAUUGGACAGGAUAUUGCAAGAAAAUGUAGAGGUUUGCCAUUAGUUGCUAGUGUCAUUGGAGGAACGUUGAGCCAUCGAACUAGUGCAGAUGAAUGGAAGGAUAUCAGAGAUGAUAAAGCAUGGAAUUUGAAUUCACGAGAUGGAGAUAAGAUUUUAUCUAUUUUGAAAAUAAGUUUCAAUCGUUUGACUUCUCCUUUGAAAAAAUGCUUUUCUUACUGUUCAAUUUUUCCAAAGGAUUUUGUCAUUGAAAAAGAGGAUUUAGUUCAACUUUGGAUGGCUCAGGGAUUUCUCUACCAACCCAACGAAAGCUCUGAGACAAUGGAGGAUGUUGGCAAUGAUUACUUUAAUGGUUUGUUAUCCAACUCCUUAUUUCAAGAUGUCAGAAGGGACGGACAUGGGAAUAUUAUAUCUUGCAAGAUGCAUGAUGCAGUGCAUGAUUUAUCAUUGUCUGUAUCAAAAGGUGAGACUUUGGUCUGGGAGACUGGUUGCAUAAUUGACCAGGAUGCUAAAAUUCGACAUUUAAGAGUUAAGCAUGACAAGAACGAGCAUCCACCAAUCAUUCCUAGGGCUGUUGCUCAAAGAUUGCAUUCUUUGUUCUUGGAAGAGGUUGAUGUUUUCAUUUCCAGUGCAUCUGAUCUCAAAAGCUUGCGAGCUUUAAAAAUAGUGGGAGCUACGGGAGGACGGCUGCCCAGUACUCUUGGCAAAUUAAAGCAUUUGAAAUACCUUGACCUCUCGAGAAGCAGAAUAGAAACACUACCAAAAUCCUUUUUGACACUCUACAAAUUGCAGACUUGUAGACUUAAGGGGUGCUCUUCUCUGCAAAUGUUUGAUGAGAUGAGCAAUUUGAUUAGCUUAAGACAUUUUUAUUUUGACCGUCGUCAUGACUCAAUUUUUUGACUUAGUAUUUAUUUUCAAGUUUUUAUAAAAUUUAAUGGCUGUCUUUUCUCUCUCUUCAUUUCAUUUUGCUGUCACCUGUGCAGCUUUCUUUCCAUUUGCUGUCUCUUGUGCAGCUUUGACACCACAGCUCCAACAAUUUGUAUAAAUUCUCUCCUCUUCUCCUUAGCUGGCUCACUUUGCAUCAUCUCAGAGAAUUACCCCUGCAAUUGAACUGAUUUGCUGCUACUUCUAAUUUUCUUGGCUUAGUCAACUAAUUUGGUUAUCAGUCAGGGUCCUUUUUCUACAAAUUCUUCAGUGAAACCUGAAAUAUCCUUUACAUCCUUCUGGUUACUAGGCGUGAAAUUUUUAAGCUGAUUAGCUGCUACUUUUAGGUCCCGUUUGGUAUAGUGGUUUUGGGGUAACGAUUCAUUUCAUUGGCAUUUGCCAAGCACCUUCCAGGAAAUUUUCAGCUAUAAUUUGGACAAGUUCUCUCCUCUUCUGCUUAGUCGGUUCACUUUUUAUCAUCUCACAGAAUUAGCCUUGCAAUUAAACUGAUUUGCAGCUACUUCUGAUUCUCUUGGGCUAGCUUACUUAGUUAUCAGUAUCCAUUUUCUUCGGUGAAAUAUACAGGUACAUCAUCU